GGAAAUUGCCUGGAUGGAAGGAAAGAGUUUGCCAAAGUAGAUUUAUUUAUAUUUAUAAAAAAACUUAUUUUUUAAUCUUAAAAUCCAAUACUUGGAAAUUGCCUUUCUACAAAUAUUUAGUGUAUAGACAUCAUUACUCAUACAAAAAUUUGUUAUCGUUAUUUAAUUUUUUUACUUGUUCAUGUAUACUUGUUCACACACCGUAUACUUGUUCAUGUAUUGUGAAUAAAAAUAUUACGGCACCCUGAAGUUACAAAUAAUUAAAAAGUGUAGCUAUAAGAUAAGAAAAUGGGACCUCCAAAAAAAUUCAAAAAAUAUGAUUCAAAGCCUAGUAGUGAUAGAUCAGGUAAAAAGAAGAAGGUAGAUGAAGAUAUGACCAUAGAUUUGGUAGAUGAUGAUAACACAGAGAAUGUUGGUGUACCUGGAGCAGCAUUGCAAGAUGCUGAAAAAAAUGACCAAGUUCCUGAAGAUGAAUUUGGAGCCAAAGAUUAUAGGAGUCAAAUGACACUGAAACAAGAUAAUGCCAGUCGUCCUUUGUGGGUGGCUCCUAAUGGACAUAUAUUUUUGGAAGCAUUCUCUCCAGUUUACAAACAUGCUCAUGACUUCUUGAUAGCCAUAGCUGAACCAGUUUGCAGGCCUCAACACAUUCAUGAGUACAAGUUGACUGCAUACAGUUUAUAUGCUGCAGUGUCAGUAGGACUUCAAACUGGAGAUAUCAUUGAAUAUUUGCAGAGGCUAAGCAAAUGUGCAGUACCUGCUGGCAUUAUUGAAUUCAUACAACUUUGCACACUUUCAUAUGGGAAAGUAAAGCUUGUAUUAAAACAUAACAGGUACUUAGUGGAAAGCAAACACGUGGAAGUCCUACAGAAACUAUUAAAAGACCCAGUCAUUCAGCAGUGCCGGCUUCGUCGCGACGGUGACGAUGAUCUGCUCUCCUCGGCAUUGCCCGCCCGCCCUACUACCGCCGCCCCUAAGCCGGGCGAGGAGCCUAAGCCGGUUGCAAAUGGUACUGUGCCCGAAGACAUCAGCCAGUUUUACCAGCAACUGGACAAAGAUGACGAUGAAGAUGAAGCUACAGAUGUUACUGCUAACGCUGCAGUAGCGUUCGAAGUGGACCCUGAUCAAAUUGAGGUGAUACAGAAACGAUGCAUCGAACUAGAGCAUCCGUUACUGGCGGAAUAUGACUUCCGCAACGACAGCGUGAAUCCCGACAUCAACAUCGACCUGAAGCCCACCGCCGUACUCCGCCCCUACCAGGAGAAGAGCUUGAGGAAAAUGUUUGGAAACGGCAGAGCUAGGUCUGGAGUGAUAGUAUUGCCUUGUGGAGCGGGCAAGUCUCUUGUGGGAGUGACGGCAGUAUGCACUGUACGGAAACGAGCUCUCGUACUGUGCAACUCGGGCGUGUCCGUCGAACAAUGGAAACAGCAGUUCAAAUGCUGGGCAACUGCUGACGACAGUAUGAUAUGCAGAUUCACAUCGGAAGCUAAAGACAAACCAAUGGGCGCCGGUAUUCUAAUCACCACUUACUCUAUGAUAACGCACGGUCAAAGGCGUUCUUGGGAGGCAGAGCAGACAAUGAAAUGGCUGCAGGCUCAGGAAUGGGGCUUGGUGGUGUUGGAUGAAGUACACACUAUACCGGCGAAAAUGUUCCGGCGCGUACUCACUAUAGUACACUCCCACGCGAAGUUAGGUUUAACGGCAACAUUGCUUCGUGAGGACGACAAAAUAGCGGAUCUCAACUUCCUGAUCGGUCCGAAGUUGUACGAAGCCAACUGGCUAGAGUUACAGGCGGCCGGUUAUAUAGCGAGAGUACAAUGCGCCGAAGUGUGGUGCCCUAUGACUCCGGAGUUCUAUCGCGAAUAUCUCAUACAGAAGAUCAACAAGAAAAUGCUCCUCUACGUAAUGAAUCCUUCCAAAUUCCGCGCGUGCCAAUUUUUGGUACGAUACCACGAGAGACGCGGCGACAAAACCAUAGUGUUCUCCGAUAACGUAUUCGCUUUACGACACUACGCCGUUAAAAUGAAUAAGCCUUACAUCUACGGGCCCACGUCGCAAAGCGAGCGAAUACAGAUCCUGCAGAACUUCAAGUUCAAUCCGAAAGUGAACACUAUAUUCGUGAGCAAGGUUGCGGACACCAGCUUCGAUUUGCCGGAAGCUAAUGUGCUGAUUCAGAUUUCGUCGCACGGCGGCUCGAGACGGCAGGAGGCUCAGAGAUUGGGUCGUAUUCUGAGAGCAAAGAAAGGUGCCUUAGCGGAAGAAUAUAACGCUUUCUUCUAUACUCUAGUAUCACAAGAUACGUUGGAAAUGGCGUACAGUCGUAAACGGCAGAGAUUUUUAGUUAAUCAAGGUUACAGUUAUAAGGUUAUUACGGAACUCAAAGGAAUGGAUCAAGAGCCAGACUUACUUUAUGGGACGCGCGAGGAACAAGGAAUGCUACUGCAACAAGUACUAGCGGCUUCGGAGACAGAAUGCGAAGAGGAACGCGAGGGAGGGGUAGGCGGGGCGGGGGGGAGUGGGGCAAGAAGGGCGGGAGGCACUCUGUCCUCACUGGCGGGCGCCGACGACGCGCUAUAUCUAGAGCGCCGGCACUCCACCAACAAGCACCCGCUGUUCAAGAAGUUCCGAUACUGAGCCCCCCGUACAAAUUUUACUUUACUCUACAGUAAAACGGAGACUGAGAAGGGUGUUCCAGAGUGGGCUAUUGUGGAGUUGCAAGGUUUAGUUCAGACUAAGAAUGAGUCCACCGGGCCCACUUUGGUCGGCGACAUCAACUACUUCAACAGAAACCGCCAUCCAGUUCUCGUGCUAGGCCACCACAUCCUCAACGGCAAGGAGACUAAGCUGGACCAACCUAUGGCGGUCAUAGAAAAAGUAGUCGUCGAAGGCAAACCAAAGUAUUGCGUCAGAGCCGUUGUCAAGAAGAAACUCUUAUUCAAGUCGAGACCGAAACCAAUUAUAUCGAAUGUCGCUGAAAAAAUAUGAUGUGUAAAUAAAUGAAUUGUUUGAUUACGAA